ACGUGCUACAUCCCGUAGAUAAGCACUGAGAAGCGUAACGCAAUUCUGUAAACAACAGCAAUAACUAUUAGGCUUUUUGUAAAACCAUUUUAAAGGUUGGGUCUCAUAACCUUAUAUUAGCGCCUACUUUCAUAGAAGCCACCUAUCUUGUUGUUUAAACUGUUAUCAAUUAAGAUACGUAGUAUAAUACAUAGAAUUAUAGAAUACUGCUUCAAUUCGUACAUAUAUAUUGGUGUUUAAACCAUUUUACGUUCUCUUUUUUAUUAUUUUCAAAAAAAAAAAUACAGGGACCUCAGAGUUCUACAAAAAGCCAAGACCAAAACUUAGGCGCGCACCGAGGGAUUAGGUCAACAUCAAGUAGUCUGUCCGAUCCCAUCUUUCUCAGCUUGUGCCGACCUUAAUAAAAUUCGUUACAACUUUUCCCCAUCACGACACACAAACUCAACAGGGCGACCCCUCCUCCCCCUCCCCUCCCCCCCCCUCCUCUGUUUUACCCUUCUGUAACGGCAUGUCCAUGGGGUUGAGCUCACAAGUCCCGCACAGCAGUAACGGGUACGCCGCGGGGUCGGAUGGCCUUCACUCCUCCUGUCUCACCACCUCCUCCCCCCCUCAGCCCGAGUCCGACGCGAACCUUCAGUCCUUCCUGUCCAGUAUCACCCUAGACGCGGUGACGGAACCCUUUAGGAAGCCCUGCAACAGCGACUCAAUGGAGUACGAGGCCUGUCCCAGCUCGGGCACCUAUAGGGGGGAUACGAAGGGUUACUCUAGGGCCCCACAGAACCCUAAACCGUCCGAUAAUCGCACCCGAGGGGAGGAUAGCGUGGGCUCAUCGGGGAGGGUGGGUGCCAUCCCGACCACGACGGUGGACGCUGUGGGGGGAGUCUGGGGAAGGGGUAUCCCCAGCUCCCUUUUGCCUUCUUGCACGGGGGUGAACCUGGAGGGGCUCGCGGGACUUCCCUCGGCGACGAUGUCCAUGGACCAGACACCCUCGCUCCCUCUUAUUACUACAAACGACUACAGCGAUCGUCAGCGCCUGCUUUAUCACUUGACCUACCUCCACACCCAACUCCAGCGCGCGUUUCUCCAAAUCCAGGAGCAGCAACGGAUCUUAACCAUCCUGCAUGCAUCGGCCGCGAUCUCACCUUCGAAAAUCGACCCACAAAUUGCGGAUAGCCCCACGAAAAGUCGUGGACAUUUUAGUGGUUCAUCAGAUCCAAAAAGCGAAGUAGAGGAGGAAGAAGAGGAAGUGGUGAUGGUGCGCAUUGCGGCUUCAUGCACCGCCGCGGUGGUGGCAGCUUCUCGCACGGAUGAGGCUAUCCACGCAGCCUUGCGCGAUUCCCUCGCUCGAUUCGACCCUUUAAUCGCGCAAUCGCAAAUCCAACGAUUGGACGACGCCCUCGCGCAUCUUAGUUUACUGCGCGAAGCGGAGCUUCAGCAGCUUCAGCGUGGGGAGGAGGAGCGGAAAGAAUUACGCACCACUCGGAAUGAUCUUGUCGAGCGUGUAGAUUCCUUGCAGAGUAGCUGUGAGCGCCUGAAGAUAGAUAAUGAAGGGCUCCGCUCCUCCUUGGCGAGUGCCUCGUUGGAGGUGGAGCGUCUUCGGCAGGAGGAGCUUCACCUUUCCCGACGCCUCGUCUCGAUGGAAGAAUUUAUGCGGACUGGUAAUCUUUAUGAUGGCGUGAGAAUUGUGGACGGUGGGGGCGGGCCCUAUCCACCAAGCCAACCCCGAGGAGGAGGAGGGGCCGGUGUGAAGGCCAAAUUAGACCUUGAAAAGGGAACCAAUAGGAGCGAUCGAGACAUUCAUAUCCAACGAUUGAAUGCAUUAGCUGAGGAGGAGACGGCCGCGCGGCAGGCCCUGCUGCAGGACCUUUUUUGGGAACCGAUGCUGAUCGCCUUUGAUGCGGGCCUUACCUGGACCGAGGAGUUUUUGAUGCUCACGCGGGAAGGGGAUGGCUUGACAUCGGGGAAAAGUGGACCUCGGGAUCUCGGAAACGAUGCUUUCAUGGGCGUCGAGGUCGCUGCGCAAACACACGACAGGGAUGCACUUGACGAGCUCGCUGCCGUCAUGCGAGCCCCGGCGACAGAUGCGGAUCUUCUGCUAAUUCGUAAUCAACAAAACGAGAUCCAGCAGCUCCAGCGGGAGGUGGGAAUGUUAAAAGAGCGUCAGCGCAUGGCGGAUUUUGAGGUUGAGCGAUUAAGCGGUCUUUACGUGACGGAGCAGCGGCAUAGUGAGAAUCUUGCUCGCGACCACAGCGCACAGCUUCAGCAGGCUUAUCAGGAACUUGUAAAAGAUCGUCAAAUGAUUGCUCAGCAGCUCCGUAAGGAGGUAGAAGAGCAGGUGCGCAUGGCGUUUUACGAUGGACGGCAGUAUGAGCGUCAACAUCCGGGGGACCUCUCAGUUACUGAAUCCAGCAUGCCUAGUUGCCUACGGGAUGUGGAAAAGGCUCAAGAAAGCCGGAAUUUGUCUGGAAAGCCACCACUCACGCGCGGCUAA